GGGGUUUUUUUUUUUUUUUUUCAACAGCCGGCAUGUAAAUACUACUUUGUUACGCUUUGCAUAGAUAACGCUGCUUGUCUUUUAAUGGUAAGAGCGCCUCGUUUAGAUGUGUCCGACCUUCGUAGAACUUUAGGUUUAGAGGGAAGCUUGCUUUCGAGUGGCUGAAACGUGCGUCCUGCUAUGAAACUGGACUGAUCGGCUGAGAUGCUGCCCACCGGUCUGGAGCUGCUGCGGCUCCUCAGGCUAUUGUCUUGUGUAACUCUUGUCUUACUUUUUCAAGUUUCCGACGCCAAAAGAGAUUUAAUAAGCGCCUGUAUCACCUGCCAGAAAAUCACCGACAACUUCAACAAGGGCUUUGAGAGAACAGCCAAGCAGAACUUUGGAGGAGGAAACACAGCCUGGGAGGAGAGGAAACUGUCUAAAUAUGAGACAAGUGAGAUCCGUCUGAUGGAGAUCAUUGAGGAUCUGUGUGACAGCAGCAGCUUUGAGUGCAACCGAAUGGUAGAAGAACACGAAGAGCAUUUUGAGACUUGGUGGUUCAAGAGGAAAACAAAACACCCUGAUCUGCAUAAGUGGUUCUGCAUCGAGACUAUUAAAGUGUGCUGUCCAAAAGGAACAUUUGGACUCGACUGUAAUGCCUGUGUGGGCGGCACUGAGACACCUUGUCACGGAAAUGGGAGGUGUGAUGGUGACGGGACUCGAGGAGGAGACGGGAAGUGCAGCUGUGAUAACGGUUAUACAGGAGAGCUCUGUCUGGACUGCAGUGAAGGGUACUACAACGAAGUGAGGAACGACACCUUCUCUCUGUGCACAGAAUGUCACUCGUCUUGCAAGACCUGCACUGGAGGAACGCAUCAGGACUGUGAUGAGUGUAAGGACGGCUGGGAGGAGGACGACCAGGAAGCCUGUGUUGAUGUGAACGAAUGCUCCAAAGACCCUUCACCGUGUGACGAAGAUCAAUACUGCCUGAACACAGAAGGCUCAUAUUCCUGCAAAGCCUGUGACAAAGUUUGCUCUGGCUGCACCGCCGCCGGUCCUGAUAAAUGUCAGUCGUGUGCCAGCGGAUACCAAGACACCGAGGGCACCUGCACAGACAUCGACGAGUGUUCUCAGUCAGAGCCAGUUUGCACGAAGGACCACGAGGUCUGUGUCAACAAUAAAGGCAGCUUCACAUGCAUCUGCUCCAGCGACUACGAGGAGAAAGAUGGAGAAUGUGUCCAAACACCACAGCAAGAUGAAGCAGCAGAGUCAGAAUCCACCGAGACAACAGCGAGUCCACACGGUGAACUUUGACGUCCAAACUGGGACCAGCGGCAUCGAACUGUGGAAACUUCCGCACAUUUCGUUUUUAAACCCUCAACUACAUGCACUUAAUGUACCAGCUGCUCUUAGAACCAACAAAAAAGCAGUAUUUUCCAGCAGCGGAUCGUGGAUUACAUGCCCAGGGAAUCAAACAAAAAAACACAAAAAACAAGAGACAUUUUAUGCUCAGUUUGCUGGUUGUUGUUGCUUUUCUGUGGUGUGCUCAAACUACCACUUGUUGUCUUUAUUUGUUGUAAGGUUUUAAAAAUAAAAGUCAAUAAAGGUGAAUUAUGUUAAA